CCACGCGGCUAAGGCGAAGCUAGUUCACACACGACAGCUCUCUACACCGCUCGCUUCCCGCGAUGACGAUCACGAAGAAGGACUCGGCUUCCAAGGGGAAGUCGAAGGCAACGAUAACGAAAACGAGCAAAGAGAUCGCCUCCACAUCGACCAAGAUCGCCGAGACGAAGAAGCAGGCCUUCACGACCGUGGUGAAGUCCUCCUCUUCGUCCUCCGUCUCCAGAUCCAAGCACCUCUCGUCGACGAGCGGCAGCUCCACGGCGGUACAGAAGUCCUCCAGCGGCGGAAAUGCGAUCCAGUCGGCGGUCAACGGGACGGUGACCAACGGAAAUGUCUCCUCCGAGCUGGCUCUGGCCUCGGGCUCCUCGACCAGCGAAGUCGUCGAAUCAGUCAGCGAGUCCACGCAAGUCAGCCAAUCCAGCAGCAAGAAAGAGUCGUUUUCCAGCAGCUCGAGGACUGUGGUGAUGGACAGCAGCGGAAAUGUCAUCUCCGUCAUAGAGGGAUCCGACGGCGGUUCUUCCCGCCAGGGAGACAGGCAAAAAGCUCUGUCGCAAGCGACCAAACAGCUCAAAGACGGCCAGAGGAUAGUUGUAAUUGGCGGAUCGACCACGGAACAACUCGUGCAGACUGGUGGCGAACAGAUAGUCUCCGAAGUGAUCCAACAGUCGUCGAGUUCGCACAUGGCGUCCAGCAAAUCGUCCACGGUCGUCGAGGAAGUGUCGUCCUCGACAGUCAUUGAAGGGCGCCAAAGUAGUGUUUCAGAAGAGUCUUUCACGGGCCGACAGAUCACUGGCCAAACUAUUGCCUCAGAACAGAUACAGCAGUCAAUGUCUACGUCAAAACAAGAAUCGUCCUCCCUCAGUCAGUCCUCGAGCGUCCAGAAUGUGUCCUCCAGCAGUGACGUGCGAGACGGACGCUCUCAGAUGAUGCUGGACAGCUCUGCAUUACAAAGCGGCCGUCAGAUCGCAUUGUCCGAUCGCGGUCGUUCCGAUAUUAUCCAGCACUCCUCCUCGACAUCCUCCGUCAGCAAGCAGUCGUCAGCUGUAGAGAUGUCCUCCAGCACCAGUGUGGUGCAAGAGGGCCGUGAACAAAUAUCGGUCAGUGAAUCGUCUGUGCGCGAUGCCAAGCAAAUGACGGCUGUAUCGGAAACCGUACAGCAACAGACCAAGUCCUCCACAAGCAUUCAACAGUCGUCAGUAGUCGAAGAUGUGUCCGUGAGCACCAGUGUCCAGGAGAGCAUUGGUCGCACGACAGCUUCGGAGGUGACGAGCACACAACAGGUGGUGGCCGGCGAGACAAGCGUCGUGCGAGAUGCGUUGAGCCAGCAACAGCUGAGUUCCACCGUCAAAGAGGCAACCACCAGUAGCAGCACAUCCAGCCGCGCACAGACGCAGAAGGAGGUUUCCGAAAAGAAGACGCUCGCCGUCAAGGAUAAAAAGACUGAGGCCUGGAUCAACCCGUGCAAGGAGCAGUGCAUCUGCGAGAUCUGUACGUGCGGGUGAGUAUCACUGGAGUACCUAAACGUUCGGUUCUGCGCCAUAAUUGACGUAUACGUGAUGUCAGUGACUGGGUGACUGCCAAACAGAUUCCACAAAUGGCGAAUUUGAGCGUGAGUAAACG